AUGGAUGGGGAAACUUACUUUGACUUUGCAAAAAGAAAAAAAUUACUGUUCAAUCUAUAUCAUUUCUACCUGUUCAACGCGUUAACAAACCGAAUUGAUCUAAAGAAAAAUGUUGACCAAAUUGUGAAAGAAUUGAACACACAGUUUUUUACAAAACAAAGAAAAUCGUCGAAAAAAGUUUCUUACUCACCUAAACACCAGGCCCUAAUAGAUUUCAUAGAAGCCGCCCAAAAACGUCAUUUAUACGUUCCAUACGGUGUAUACCUUGAAACCUGUGCCAAAGAACUAGGCUGGUUCGAAGUUUUGAGCCGUUCGUUAUAUGAACCUUUAGACUUAAUCGAAUCAAAAACGAGAAUAUUAAACUUAAGUUCGAUGAAAGAAGUAAAUGAAACC